AUGGCUGGACUCGAGCCCGACCGCGCCAUCCCCAUCGGCGUCGCCGAGGCCGCGAAAGACGAGGUCGAGUUUGAGAAGAAGGGCAUCCGCCACUCCGAGUCCGACUCUGGUUACGAGGUCGACCAUGCCCACGAGGGCCUCGAGUUCCCGACCGAGGAAGAGAAGCUCACCCUCCGCCGCGUGUCCGACUCUCUUCCCUGGGCUGCCUACAUGAUCGCCACCGUCGAGCUCGCCGAGCGCUUCUCGUACUACGGCUCCACCGUCGUCUUCACCAACUUCAUCCAGCAACCCCUCCCCUCCGGCACACCCGACGACCCUGGCAACCACCGCACGGGCGCCGGCGGCGCUCACGGCCAGUCUGGUGCGCUCGGCCUCGGCCAACGCGCCUCCACCGGUCUCACCACCUUCAACUCCUUCUGGGUGUACGUUAUCCCGCUCUUCGGCGCCUACAUCGCGGACACCUACUGGGGACGCUUCAAGACCGUCUGCGUCGCGGUCGGCAUCGCCAUGUUCGGCCACGUCCUCCUCAUCAUCUCCGCCGUUCCCGGCGUCAUCGAGCACUCGAACGGCGCUCUCGCCUGCUUCGUCAUCGCGAUCGUCAUCAUGGGCCUCGGCACCGGCGGUUUCAAAUCCAACAUCUCGCCCCUCGUCGCCGAGCAAUACAAGCGCAGCAAGCUUUUCAUCUCCACCACCGCCGCCGGCGAGCGCGUCAUCGUCGACCCGGUGCUCACCACCUCCCGCAUCUACAUGUACUUCUACCUCUUCACCAACAUCGGCGCCCUCAUCGGCCAGAUCGGCAUGACCUACUCUGAAAAAUACGUCGGCUUCUGGCUCGCGUACAUGCUCCCGACCGUCGUCUUCUUCCUCUGCCCGCUCGUCCUCUUCUUUGGCAGGAACCGGUACACGCGCUCCCCGCCCACCGGCUCCAUCCUCGGAACCGCCCUUCGCCUCUGGCGCUACGCCGCCCGCGGCCGCUGGUCCUGGAACCCCGUCCGCCUCGUUCGCAACCUCACCGCGCCCGACUUCUGGGACUCCGCCAAGCCGUCCAAGAUUCAGGGCGAGCGCCCGUCCUGGAUGACUUUCGACGACGUCUGGGUCGACGAGGUCAAGCGCGGCCUCAAGGCCUGCACCGUCUUCCUCUGGUACCCCAUCUACUGGCUCACCUACAACCAGCUCAACAACAACCUCACCUCCCAAGCCGCCACGAUGCAGACCCACGGCCUCCCCAACGACGUCCUCUCCAACCUCGACCCCUUCGCGCUCAUCAUCCUCAUCCCCAUCUGCGACAUCUUCAUCUACCCCGCCCUUCGCCGCGUCGGCAUCCACUUCACGCCCAUCAAGAAGAUCACCCUCGGCUUCUUCACCGGCGCCGCCGCCAUGAUCUGGGCCGCGGUCCUCCAGCACUACAUCUACAAGAAGAACCCGUGCGGAUACCACGCCAGCGCCUGCGACGAAGUCGCGCCCAUCAACGUCUGGGCCCAAACCGGCGCCUACGUCCUCAUCGCCAUCUCGGAAAUCCUCGCCUCCAUUACCGGGCUCGAGUACGCGUUCACGAAGGCACCGAAGAACAUGCGCUCGCUCGUCAUGUCCGUCUAUCUCUUCAUGUCCGCCAUCUCGUCCGCCUUGGGCGAAGCUUUCGUCUCGCUCUCGGCCGACCCGCUGUUGGUAUGGAACUACGGCGUCAUGGCCGUUCUUGCUGGUGUAGCUGGCAUCGUGUUCUGGUUCGCCCACCGCCACCUCGACGCCGCCGAGGACGAGCUGAACGCGAUCGACGAGGGUCACGUCGAGAAGCACUAA